AUCACAUGGUUUUUCCUGUAUGUUUUAUUUUUAUAAACAUUUUCUGCGCAUAUUUAUUUUUUUACUUAUUCGCCGAUGUGAUUUGGUAGUUAAAUCUGUAGUCGUCACUCUUUUUAAUAAAUGUCACGCUAGAAACAUAUAGAAUUUACAAUAGUUCAAAUCAAAUUCGAAUACGAAGCGGCAAACCUAUUUUGAGAAAGAAAAAAUUCAGUUAUUUCACACCAUGGCCGAGGAGAUGGAGGUUGAGGAGACGGAGGACUUCCACGACAUGGAAGUCGAUGACGAAGAGCCAAUGUGGGGAUGGGACGUAGCGGUGGACAACUGUGCCAUCUGCCGUAACCACAUCAUGAACCUGUGCAUCGAGUGCCAGGCGGACCCGAAUGCAAACCAGGACGAGUGCACUGUGGCUUGGGGCGAGUGCAACCACGCUUUCCACUACCACUGCAUCGCGCGCUGGUUGAAGACGCGCCUUGUCUGCCCGCUGGACAACAAGGAGUGGGUGUACCAGAAGUACGGCCACUAGCGAGGAAUAUGGACAUGGAUCGGGGCAGGGGGUGGUGACAUCUGUGUGCUGGCAUGUGUUGAAUGUAAUUUAUAUUAGAGUUGACUUGGGUUCCCAC